AUGGCCUCCCUGCGACUUCGGUCCCUGCCUCUGCGGGCACGUCGCUCUGCGCCAAUAGUCGCAGCAACUCGAUCCUCAUUAUGCCGACCUCGACCUUCAAUGACAACCAGCACCUCAAGCACCCGCACCCACUCCACAUCCUCCGUUUCCGCCGAUGAACUCUCCCACUUCUCCGCGCUCGCCAGCUCCUGGUGGGACCCAAUGGGCCCCUCGCGCAUUUUGCAUCUGAUGAACCCACUCCGGCAUGAAUUCAUCGCCUCCUGUCUCGCAGACGGCUCGCCUGCGCCUCCCAGCUCUGAUUCCAACUCCACCAAUCCGGCAGACCUCCACUACCUAGACGUUGGCUGCGGCGGCGGCAUCUUCGCCGAAUCACUCGCGCGCACCAUUCCCCUCGACUCCUCUGCUUCCGCACCGACAGCAACGCGCGCCGCCUCCAUGACCGCUGUCGACCCCUCCACAACACUCAUCCAGAUCGCGCGCGACCACGCGCGAACCGACCCGGCGGUCGAUGCGCACCUGCGCAGCGGCCGAUUCCAGUAUCUGAACACAACACUGGAAGAUGUUAUUGCACCGCAAUCUUCCACGUCUGCAUCUACACCCGGCGCACCUUCACCACAAUCCUCUUCUUCAUCUCCGUCCUCACCCUCACCCCAAUUCGACAUAGUCACCCUCUUCGAAGUCCUCGAACACAUCGACCCCACGACCUCGUCGCCCCUCGGCUUCCUAACCAACUGUCUGCGCACCCUCAAACCAGGCGGUUGGCUAAUCGGCUCGACCAUCUCGCGCACCUUCCCUUCCUUUGUCUUGAACCAGGUCAUCGCCGAGGCGCCCUGGCCCAUCGGCGUCGUGCCGCGCGGGACCCAUGAGUGGAACAAGUUUGUGAACCCGCCCGAGGUGCAUGGCUGGGUGCAAGAGGGACUGAUGCGUGCGGCGGAUACGUCGACAAGGCGCGGUGGUCCCAGUGACCUGGAGGGUAUGCAAUGGAAGUGUGUAGGUGCCGUGUAUGUGCCUGGCUUGGGGUGGAAGAUGGUGCCCGGGGCUGAGGAGUGGGGGAAUUAUUUCUGGGCUGUGAGGAAGGGCGAUGCUCCUGUAUAA